AAACAUAACCAAUACCAUGUCUGGUAUACCCAAACCUGGAAGUGGCUCUCCGGCCGCAUCUGCUGGUCUAUGGCAGUCCGUUUCAACAUUUGUACGGAGACAUAGAGGUGCAGCAUAUGCGAUCGGAGCUGUUGCAGUUGUUGCAACAGCCGGUGGAAUUUACCAUGUGAAGCAACAGAAGGCUUUAAAAAGGGGAAUGAAGCCUCGUAAAAUUGAGAAAGAAACAUCUGAAAAGCAAAAAGUCGAGGAGGAACCUGAAUCUGGUAAAACUGAGGGUGACGAGCAAGAAGAUGAAAAAGCUGGAGACUCUGGCAAAGGUUCUGAUGCAGCUGCUGGCUCUGCAGCCGCUUCUGCUGCCGCCGCUAAGAAGAAGAAGAAAAACAAGAAGAAGCUUAAAAACAAAAAGCCCGGCGAUUCAACUGCCGAGAAAAUUGCUACCGAAGAAUCGGUGAAAUCUAUGUCAAAGGAGGAACGUGUAAACCUUGCUACUGAACUCAAGACUCUUGGAAAUAAGGCUUAUGGACAAAAAGAAUAUGGAAAUGCUAUUGACUUCUACACUCAAGCCAUCACUUGUUCACAUGAUCCCAUUUUCUUUUCCAACCGUGCCGCCUGCUUCGCUGCUAUCGGAGAUUUUGUUCAAGUCGUUAAAGAUACCACUGAAGCUCUUAAACUCGAUCCCACAUAUGUCAAGGCUUUGAACCGCCGUUGUUCUGCUUAUGAGCAACUCGAGAAACUUGACGACGCUUUGAUGGACAGUACAGUCUCCUGUGUUUUUGAUGGCUUCGCAAACGAAAGCAUGACUGCUACCGUCGAACGUUUAUUGAAGAAGGUUGCUGAGAAGAAGGCCGCUGCUCUUAUGGCUGAACGUCCUCCUAAGCUUCCUGCUGCUAGCUUCAUUCAAACUUAUCUAGACUCUUUCCGUCCUCAACCCAAGCCCGAUCUAAACGAAGAAUAUGAAGGCGACCGUAUUCUUAGCUCUGCUUACGAUGCUCUUGACAAGGGUAACUAUCAGCUUGCUUACGACCAAGCCAAGAAGGCUGCCACCGUUUCCUGCUCCAGUGCAGCUAUCAGCGCUCGUGCUUAUAACUUAAUAGGUACUUUCAAAUUUGUUUCUGGUGAUUCUAGAGGAUCUAUGGAAGAAUUCAAUGAAGCUAUCAGUCUUGAUUCUUCCUUCAUUCAACCUUACGUUCGUCUUUCAGCUGCCUAUCUUGACGAAAACGACCAUGACAGCAUGUGGGGUAUCUUGAAGAAGGCUGAGUCUGUUAACGACAAAGACUCAGAUCUUUACUAUCAUCGUGCUCAAGUACAUUUUGUUUCCGGCGAAUUCGCUGAAGCUAUUGCUGAUUACAACAAAUCGAUUUCUCUGGACGACUCGUUUAUCUACAGCUACAUACAGCUUGGUGUUGCUCAAUACAAGAUCCAAGCCCUUAAUCAGUCAAUGAAGACAUUUGAGGAAUGCAAGAAGAAAUUUCCCAACUGCAGCGAAGUAUACAACUAUUUUGGUGAGAUUCUUUUGGAUCAACAAAAGUUCGCCGAAGCAGUUGAAAAUUUUGAUCGUGCUAUCUCCAUUGAGAAGAGAGAUCGCUUGACGAUUAUGAGUGCUAUGCCUUUAAUCAACAAAGCUCUCGCUGUGUUCCAGUGGAAGAAGGAUAUCAAGCAAGCUGAAAGUUUGUGUCGUCAAGCUUUGUCUGCUGAUCCUGACUGUGACAUUGCAAUCGCAAGUAUGGCUCAAUUCUUGCUGCAACAAGGCAAGGCUCAAGAGGCCCUCUCUUACUUUGAACAAUCGGCUCAACUUGCUCGUACUGAAGCUGAAAUGGUGAAUGCCUUUUCUUAUGCUGAAGCAACUCGCACACAAAUUACAUUGACAGAAAAAUAUCCUCAAUUGGUAGGCCGUUUAAGUCAAUCUAUGUAAAUUGAGAAAAAUCCAGCACCUAUGUUUGAUUCAGAUGCGAAUGAAUGUAUAAAUUAUAAGAAAAAUAAUGGUACAUUAAUUUUGCAAUCCUUAUUACGGGUUUUUCUAUGUUAUUAUGUGACAUGGCUUUUGCUUGCUAUUACUUAAAAAAGUAUGAAGAUUAUGUUUUGAAUAUUGAGCGACUAAUAAAACUCCAAGUAAUGUUCUUUGCGUCAAAAUUUAAGGAGUUUUGUGUGUUUGUAAUUUGUUUUUCCAGUUUUGGGUGAUCUUUAAUGAAGCCAAUGUUUGAACUGACCUGGGUUUUUUUAGGUAGGGUAGAAGAUGUAAUUAGAACAUGUAGCAAAGUAAGAGAAAUAUAACGUUACAACGUAAUUCUACCAUCCGCAAAAAAAUUUGAUUACUCC